UCCGUUGUCGCGAGAGUUGUUCUGUCAAAUCACGGAACUUCCAUCAUGGCAGGCAGCAAGUUGGUGCUUGAAGGGAGAGUUAGUAUAAAAAGCUUUCUUCUGGGACUCAGCGUCCUCGUAAUCCCGCUGAUCAGAACCACUUUUGGACAUCUGGACUGGGUCUUUGAUUAUCUGACGGAAACCUCCGGGAAAAUAGUCAUUUGUGUCCACAUAGCAGUUAUCAACGGCCUCCUGCUGCUCAUUUACAGAGGUCCUGUCUACAAGGUCGCUCUGAGAGGCUGCUUCCUGGGAGUCACCUUCGGCUGCGGCUUAAUGAUAAGCUUCUCUGAGACCACCUGGACGCACUUUGGCUGGUACAUGUGCUCCCUGUCCUUCUUCCAUUACACCGAGUACCUGGUGACGGCCGUCAUCAACCCCCACAGCCUGUCGCUGGACUCCUUCCUGCUCAACCACAGCAUGGAGUACACGCUGGCAGCCGUGUCCUCGUGGGUGGAGUUUACCGUGGAGAAGCUGACGGUUCCAGAGCUGAAGCAGCUGAAGUGGCUGAGCGUGGUCGGUCUGAUUAUGGUGCUGUGCGGCGAGGGCCUGCGGAAGGCCGCCAUGUUAACAGCAGGUUCCAACUUCAACCACAUUGUGCAGAACGAGAAGGCCCAGAGCCACGUGCUCGUCACCACCGGAGUCUACGCCUACUUCAGACACCCGUCCUAUGUGGGCUGGUUCUACUGGAGCAUCGGUACACAGGUCAUGUUGUGUAACCCCGUGUGUAUCGUGGGCUACACCGUCGCCAGCUGGCGCUUCUUCCGGGAGCGGAUAGAGGAGGAGGAACUCUCUCUCAUCCACUUCUUUGCUGAGGACUAUGUGGAGUACAAGAAGAGGGUUCCCACCGGUUUGCCCUUCAUCUCCGGCAUCCGCGUCAACUGAACCUGGAGCUGGAUCCUGGACAUUACGGACUUUGAGCACCACAGCAGGUUGGAUGGAGCUGGUCUGUGCGUCUCGACGGCAGCGGUAGCUACUCUCCAAAGGCGAAGCGUUGCAGCUGGCUGGGAGGCUGUCACUUACUCGCCGCGGCGGCCGGGGCGGCGGUAGUGGCGGGCAGCCCGGCUGCAGCUCCUCUUCUCACCUCCAAAACCUAGUUUAAGAACAAAGAACCUCUGCUGUACAUGUAUUAGUACCCUCAUCCACCUCACCUGUCUCUGUCUGCAUGCUCUCACCAGGCUUUGUGGCCUCCUGUCAUGCUAACACCUGAUGCCGCACUGGACUCUGGGAAAUCUUCCAUCUAUGUGACAUGAGUGUCUUCAGACAUUAGGAAGGAAUCUGAAACAUUUAGAUGAGCAGCUGAAGCUCCAAGACGUCCAUCUAGCUGCAGUUACCAUGUUGGCUCUACAGGGGGCGCCUUGUCUGGCUUUUUUCUUUUCUUUUUUUGCUUUUAGUCGUCGUUGUUCCAGUUUGAAACAACAUUCACUCAAACACGUUCACAUUUGCUGCACAAAAGUGGUUCAAAGUGGAUCCAGUCCAUCCAGACGUUCAUCCGGACAUCCAUCCAUCCAUCCAGCAGCGGUGAAGGAGGCUUCAAGCUGAGCAGUUCUGAUCAGAAAACAGACAGCUUUGGAUGAUUCCUCAUCCUCUGUAACACUUAAAAGCCUUAAAGAGUGUGCUCCUCACCGUGCAUAGGCUCAUCCUGUCACUUCAGAAACAUCACGUACCUCUCCAUCAGCAGGAGGAGCGCCGUUCUGCAGCAGCUUCUUGGUUUUCUGUCUGUCCUCCAUCUCCUGCAGAGAUUUCCUGGGCGUGUCGUCUGCUAAGGGGACCCCUGGUCCACAGUUUUCCUCCUCAUGGUGGACAUUUUGCUGAAAAUGUCUGGUUGUUUUAACCACCAAGGGACAACAACAACUUGAGCGGUGAGCGGUUCUGGUGCUGCUCGGUGAGCGGUUCUGGUGCUGCUCCGGGAGGGGUUCUGGUGCUGCUCCGGGACGGGUUCUGGUGCUGCUCGGUGAGCGGUUCUGGUGCUGCUCGGUGAGCGGUUCUGGUGCUGCUCCGGGACGGGUUCUGGUGCUGCUCGGUGAGCGGUUCUGGUGCUGCUCCGGGACGGGUUCUGGUGCUGCUCGGUGAGCGGUUCUGGUGCUGCUCGGUGAGCGGUUCUGGUGCUGCUCCGGGACGGGUUCUGGUGCUGCUCGGUGAGCGGUUCUGGUGCUGCUCUUUCAGAACAGGCAUUUGGAUGCGCUUCAUAAUGAGGGUCUGAGGAGGUUCUUCAUCUGCUCCCACCCUGUCUCUGGAGACUGCAGGCGAGCGUCCCUCUGCUUUCACCUGAUGCAUGCUGGGAAGUCAGACUGAAGGUAACCUCCUCCGUGUCUCUGCAGCUCUACAUCAGUGCUUCAUUCACACAUGAAGAACUUUAGGCUACAAGGUGCAGAACUUUGUUUCCCUCUGUGUCUGUCAUUCACGUGGAUUCUUUUUCAAAUUUCAAGAACGGAAAAAGGAUUUCUGAAAGGAAACUUUGAACUUCUUGGUGAAAAGACGGUCCUUAUGUUUGAGUGUUAGUCCAAGGUCUAGGAACCUUGGUGUCCCUGGAGAACCACCUCCAAAUCCUCAGGAGCCAUCAGCAAACCCAAUAACGCAAUCCACACUAGCAGGUCCAAAGAUCUCCCAGCGGUUUACUUCCAAACAAACGCUUAGCAUGUAUUUUGGAGGAUAAAUCAGGAGAAGCAGGCUGCUGAUGACGGUACAGCAGCUCCUCCCAUCACCAGACCAACCUCCUUAAGAACGUCUACAAACCAACAGAAAAGCAGACAUUCUAGCAGCAGCAUUAUCUGUAGCUACACCUACAUUACACUCAAGUCUAAAGAAGAAUCUUCUGAAAUCUAAACCGGCAGACUUUGUCCAUGACGGGGGUCCUUCCAUUAACUAGGAAGUCAGGUUUAAAAUAUUCAAAGAAUCUCUGAUGUUGACCUGGAUGAAUAUCUUCAUUGGCUCGGUACCACGUCCCCAAACAAAUAGUUCCAUCAGCUGACGCCGGUUUUCUGAUGUCUCCGCUGGAAGACAGCCAUGGCUCCUGCUGGUCUCCCUGUCACUAGUCUGGACCGUCCGUCCGUCAGCCUGACUGUGUGCUGGAGCGUGAAGCGGCUGUAGAGCUGCAGAGUCAUCAGGGGGGAGUCACUGAAUGUGUCCGGGCCCCUGCUGGAGGACAGCAGCAGAACACAGCAGGUUCCCGUCUAAAUGUCCAUCAUGUCAGCCUCGUUCCUGGGUAAUCAGUCAGCGGGUCUGGACUCUGCAGCAGCUUUCAGGUAAAGUGAAGCUCAGAAGCUAGGAGGAGGACACAGACACGAGGGCUGAGACAGGAUGGACUCUGCACCCAACGCUUUCCAACCUGAUCCUCAUGACUGAGACUGGCUGAGCAGUUCAGCUAACGGUCUGGUCCAAGUGGUUCUGAUUGACAAGAGUCACGCAUGUAGCAGAUCUGUAAGGAUGUGGGAGGAAACUGAUGCAUUCAGUUUUUAGAAAUGCUGCAUUCCAACUGUACAGUUUCAUUGAUCAGGUUUCUUCUUUCAGACCAAAUGUUGGCUGAUGAUCACAUUUUAUUCCCUCUGUCAGCACCAACAAUAAAGAUGCAAGCAUUGUUUAAAA